CUUCAUCACACCCUUGCCUAGGCUUACUUUUCAGCUAGGGUUGAUUCCUGAUUCUUGGCCGGCAAGCAUCAUCCUUUUUCUUGCAAUCUUGCAUUUCCUCUUUUAGACAACUAAUUUCCUCCUUUAAUUUUCUUUUCCUGUAAUAUUCCCAUUCAUUUUCUCUUUCUCAACCCUUUUCUUCAUAUUCUUUUUCUUCUUGUUUAGUUCUGAACUCUGGUGUUUCACAGUAAGAUUCAUCAGCUUUUUCUGAUUGAAAGCCCUCUGUGUUCUUCAAGAUUUCUCCGCCCUUCUUUCUUUAGAUUAGUUUUCUGUAUUGCUCAAUGGAUCUGAGAUAUUGGUUUUCUACUUCUAUUUGGGAGAGAAUUAUGAGCCACCGCAUUUCAUUUUACUGAUUGGACACUAAUAUUCCUUUUUUUGUCACAAAAUAUUCGGUAAUUUUUUUUUCUGGAGAGUCUGAAUUCUUUUCCUGAUUUUUGGGUCUAUUUUUGCUUAAUCAGGAAAUGACAAGGCAGAAGAUAGAAAUAAAGAAGAUCGAUAACAUAACAGCGAGGCAAGUAACGUUUUCAAAGAGAAGAAGAGGGCUAUUCAAGAAGGCUCAUGAACUUGCUACUCUCUGUGAUGUUGAGAUUGCUCUCAUAGUCUUUUCUGCCACUGGCAAGCUCUCUGAAUAUAGUAGCUCAAGUGUGCAGCGGGUCAUCGAAAGGCACGAUCAGCAUUCAGAAAUUGAAAGAUUAUACCAUUCAUCCAUUUUUCAUGAAAAGGAAACCUUUAGCAUGCUCAGCAUGGAAGAAGCCAAUAAGGUUCAGGAACUGAGGCAGUUGAAGGGAGAAGAGCUUGAAGGAUUGAACACGAAUGAAUUACAGAAGCUUGAAGAACAAUUAGAAAAAGGUUUGAGCCGUGUUGUCAAAGCUAAGGAAGAAAUAAUUAUGAAAGAGAUCAAUGCGCUCAAGAGAAAGGGAAUCCAGCUGAUGGAGGAGAAUCAGAGAUUGAAACAGGUGAUGAAAGUUGGACAAAAACAAGGUCAGUCAUCUGAGUCAGCAACUAUCGGCAGCACAUCUGAUUCUCUUCAUGAGGAUGAUAGUUCAGACACCUCUCUCACAUUGGGGUUAGUAUGUAACAAACUUAACUGUUCAUUUGAGUUUUCUCAUGAACAAGCAUGUCAAGAAAAUGCAAGAAUUUAUUCAAUUCUCUUGAGAUAGCUGAUUAUUGACAGACCUGAGAUUACGUGAUUACUUGUUUUAUUAAAAACACAUCCUGAGGGUCAACAAUUAACAGGGAGAAUAAUUAAGAAUUCAUAUUCAUACAAGCUAUAUAUAUAUAUAUACUCCCUGUUUUCAAAUAUAAGAGAAAAAUAACUAACUUACACAGUUUUAAAAAGUUGGUUAAGUAUAAUAAGUAUGUCUGAAAUUUAAAAAAUUAAACUAAAUUAGUCUUAUUGUUAAUAAAACACAAAUUUGUCUCGUCAAAAUAAAUAUUGACUUUAUAAGGAGUAAUAUGGUAAAAGGAAGAUAAAUAUUUCUUGAAAUUUAUAGUUUUGCUUAUUAAAAAAAAAAAACGGAGACAUGUGAUAGUUGUAUAAUUAAAAACGGAGGGAGUAUCCACGAUUGACAGUAAACAGUUUGAACUAAAAAGUAAUUUUUUUUUUUGCUUGUAUUAUAUAAGCACCACAGUCCACAGUUUUCUCUCCUUAGCGUAUUUAUUUUUGACAUGUGGAAUGUGGAUCUUUCAAAAAAGAAGUCUUUUGUAUGUCGGAGCGCAUUAAAUCUAUGUAUGUCUGAUCAUAAUCUAGUGUUUGUUUCUUUGGGUCCCCCCCCCCCCCUCCAAAAGAUAUAAACAUCCUCAAGUAAAAGAGGUACAUGUAGAGAGAGAAUUUGGUGGAUCUCACUCUCGAACACGGAACGUUUCCAUUUCGUAAGCAUCCUUGUCUCUCCACUUUCCUAAUCAAUCAUAAUGAUUGAUAUCACUGCAUUAGGUGAAUAUAUUUUAGCCAUAAAUUUGAUGAAUGAUUAUGAUUACGAAAGUGAAGAGAGAAAGAUGAUAAAAAAAUGGUUUACUAAAAUAAUCUCUUUCUCCACCAAUACAUUAGAUCCACUUGAAAAUAAACUCCCUAUUAUUAAUCUAUUGUGCAUCAAACUAAUGUGAGACUUGCCCAUGAAUGCAAGAAGUAGUAGUGAUCAGGCAACUGUGCACACAUACCAUAAUUAGGUAUAUCUAUGGUUUCUUGAUUGUUGAUGGAGCACAAUGAUAUCAUUCAUUUUAUAUAGAUUUAUGCUUAUGAUUUCUUAGUUAUUGAUAGAAUACAAUAAUAUUGUGCAAUUAUGUUUAUAAAUGGCUUCUUGGUUGUUGAUAUAAUACAAUAAUAUUGUGUAAUUUAUGUAGUUGACCUUAGGUCGUGAGACAAAGCAUGCUUAUGUUUGGCAUCUUGUCAAAAGUUAACCAGAGUGUUUUUUAUCUGCUGCAGAUUGUCUUUGCUCAGAUAAUACAUUAAAAAAAAAAAAGAUGUGAGGCAACAUGGAAAAUACAUCAAAAAUUUAAUUAACCAUUGUCGUGUACGGGACAA